AUGCUGCAGAAACUCAGGCCCCGUGAUUCGAAAACCGACCUCCUCUUUGUUGCCACUGACCGAUUUGACUACUUUACCCUGCUAUGGAACCCUCAGACAUUUCGAUUAGAGACUGUGAACUCAUACAAGGACCCGGGCGAGCGUUACAUGCGGGACAGUCAAAGCCAAGACCGGUGUUUGGUUGACCCGUCAGGUCGGUUCAUGAUUAUGCACCUUUGGGAAGGGGUUUUGAACGUCUGGCGAAUGGGUCACCGAAAGAAUAAUGCAAUGGUGCUCGAGUGGAUGGAGCAAGUUCGUCUGUCUGAGCUCUUCAUCAAGGCGAGCACGUUCCUCUACACUGAAACUGGACACCCAAAAGUUGCCUUUUUGUACCAGACCCGAGCUGAUGCGACUGACGCGAAGCUUGCCACAUAUCGGCUCACUUCUGAUGAUCGAGACACUGUUGCGUCUCAAUUCAACCCUGAAAAGGACAGGGAACUUGAUAUGGAAGUGCGCGAUUCCACUGCUUCUAUGCUUAUUCCUGUCCGGAAGGUCGAAGAAGAGGUGAAGCGACACAAUGUCCGCCAUGUUGAGUUGGCAAAGGCACAUCUUGGUGGUUUGAUCGUGGUUGGAGAAACGCGACUCCUUUACAUUGACGAAGUUACCAAGGCGAAAGUUGAGUCGGUCUUGAAGGAGCCCUCCAUCUUCGUCGCGUGGGCCGAGUACAAUGUGACUCACUACUUCCUAGCCGAUGACUAUGGUCACCUCCAUUUGUUGCGUAUCAAGACAAAUGGUGUUGUCGUCACCGGCAUGGAAGUCUCUCGAAUUGGAGAGACUUCACGUGCAAGUACCCUUGUGUACCUCGGCGAUAAUUAUUUGUUUGUGGGUUCACAUUACGGCAACAGUCAGCUGCUCCGGCUGGAUCUGGAAAACCAGAACCCCAAACAGAGGCUGCAGCUUAUUGAGUCAUUCCAGAAUAUCGGGCCUAUCUUGGACUUUGCCAUAAUGGAUAUGGGGAAUCGCGGUGAUUCGGGACAGCCUGGCAAUGAGUAUUCAUCCGGACAGGCCCGAAUUGUUACGUGCAGUGGCGUACACAAGGAUGGAACGCUUAGAAGCGUCCGAAGUGGAGUUGGACUUGAAGACAUCGGAAUCCUGGCUGACCUCGAGCUCUGCCGCGGACUAUUCUCUCUUCGUUCUCAUGGUUCACUCAAGACGAACAUCUUGGUCAUGUCCUUUCUGACCGAAACCAGAGUGUUUAAGUUCGAUCACCAGGGGGAUAUCGAGGAGCUAAGCUCUUUCUGUGGGAUGACUCUCGACCAGCAAACAUUACUAGCUGUGGAUCUUCCGAGUGGACAGAUCCUCCAUGUCACUCCUGCUGCCGCGACCCUUCUUGAUACCGAAAGCGGUGUCGCGAUAACAUCAUGGACUCCCGAAGAGGGCAGGUGUAUCAUUAACGCGUCUGCCAACGCUGAGUGGCUACUUUUGUCUGUUGAUGGCGUUGGGCUUGUAUCAUUAAGCCUAUCGAAUGACCUGCGAAUCUUGAAGGAGAAGAACCUAAAUCAGAGCGAUCAGAUUGCUUGCUUACAUGUCCCUCCCCAGUCGAGCGGCAUUGGCGUGGUUGGCUUUUGGACCUCUGGUACCGUCUCUAUCAUCGACCUUCACACUCUAGAGCCCAUACAUGGAGAGUCGUUGCGAACGUCAAAAGACGACACUUCGAUCCCACAGGAUCUUGCAUUAGUGCAACUUCUUCCUCCUGAGGUCUCCGGUCCUUUGUUGUUGAUCGCAACGCAGGAUGGCAAUGUGGUGAGCUUCAAUAUCUCAUCAGACUACUCUUUCUCGGGCAAGAGGAGAGUUGUCCUGGGAGUCACGCAAGCAAAAUUCCACCUCCUUCCUCAAGAAAACAAUCUGUACAGCGUACUCGCCACCACCGAGCAUCCUAGUUUAAUCUACGGGUCCGAGGGGAGGAUCGUGUACUCGGCAGUGACUGCAGAAGAGGCUGCCUACGUUUGCCCGUUUGACUCCGAAGCUUUCCCUGAUUGCGUCGCCUUGGCCACAGAUUCCCAAAUUAAAUUGGCUCGCCUUGACCGCGAGAGGAAGACCUAUGUGCGGUCGCUCCCCUUGAACGAAAUGGUUCGGAGGAUUGCCUACUCGCCCAAGGAGAAGGUUUUUGGCCUAGGCUGCAUCAAGCGCGAGCUGGUAAAGGGCGAAGAGAUUGUCCAGAGCUCUUUUAAAUUGGUCGACGAAGUGCUCUUUGACAGGGUUGGGAAGUCCAUAGAGCUCGGGUCGCCGUCCUAUACAGAAUUGGUUGAGUGUGUCACCAGAGCCGAGUUCAUAGAUUCAUACGGCAACCCAGCCGAACGCUUCCUUGUUGGUACGAGCUAUCUGCCUGACCCAGACUACAGCCCAGCUCCAUCCCACGGCAACCCAGAAGCACGUGGCCGCAUCCUCGUUUUGGGCAUCGACAGCGACCGCAACCCCUAUCAGAUUCUGAGCUACCAGCUCAAAGGUGCGUGCCGUUGUCUUGCGGUAAUGGACGAUGGCAAGGUCGUUGUCGGACUCACUAAGGCGGUUACUGUUUGCGAAUACAAGGAGACCUCUUCAACGACUGCACAGCUCACAAAAUUGGCAUCUUAUCGCCCGUCAACUUAUCCAGUUGAGAUAGCGAUCCAUGGAAGGACGAUUGCCGUUGCAGAUCUCAUGAAGUCGAUCUCGCUAGUCGACUAUAUUCCGGCAGAAGAAGGUGGCCAGGCCAAGUUGGUCGAGCGGGCCAGGCAUUACCAGUCGGCUUGGUCAACCGCAGUGGGCUAUGUGCAAAACGGGCUGUGGCUCGAGGCAGAUGCACAGGGUAAUCUUCAGGUGCUCAGACAGAAUGUCGACGGCAUUACUGAAGAUGAUCGGAAGAGGAUGGAACUCACAGCUGAGAUCAAUCUGGGCGAGAUGGUCAAUCGCAUCCGGAGUAUCACAGUUGAGACUUCACCCGAAGCAUUGAUCAUCCCGAGGGCGUUUUUGGGCACCGUCGAGGGUGGCAUCUAUAUGUUUGGCACUAUAGCACCACAUGCUCUGGAUUUGCUCUUGCGAUUCCAGGAAAAGGUGGCUGAUGUAAUCAAAGCCGUGGGAGACAGCGAUAAUGCCAACUUCCGAUCCUACAGGGCAUUCAAGAACGCUGAGAGAGUUGGGCAUGGUCCGUUCCGGUUCUUGGAUGGCGAGCUGUUGGAGAGAUUCCUCGACGUCGACGAGGCAAUUCAGGAGGUCAUCUGCAGCGGAUUGGGUCCCACUGUUGAGGACAUGAGGAAUAUUGUAGAGGAGCUGCGGCGCAUGCACUGA